GGUCCGUGUCCGGGGAUCAUCUUUCUGCUGUUGGCAGAGCAGGGGGCUUUCUUCUUCUUCCAGUAACCCCAUGGACUGCAGAUCCACGGGGCGUCGAGGGAAAUGCUGGUGGUUUUGUUUAACGCUUUCUCCGCGUUGCAUUUUCACGAGCGCUGUCGUCUUUUCUUCGAAAACUAACCCGAUUGAGCUUGUUUACUAUGUGGGCGUCCUGUUGUAACUGGUUUUGUUUGGAUGGACAACCUGAAGAGAUGCAGCAGCAGCCACAACAGGGUCCCAGAUCCCAGGCAUAUUCCAACCCGGGUUACAGCUCCUACCCUUCUCCUACUGGUUCUGAACAGAGCUGCAAAGGAUGUGGGGCACACUUUGAAAAUUCAUCUAGGAAGCACAUCUGUUUGGACUGUAAAAACAAUUUCUGUCCGUUGUGUUCAAACCGGCCUGAGAGCGGUCCCCUUCUCUGCCAUCUCUGUCAGCGAUUCCAAGCUACAGCAUUUCAGCGGGAAGAGUUGAUAAAGAUGAAAGUGAAGGAUUUGCGAGACUAUCUGGCACUCCAUGAAAUCUCCACAGAGACAUGCCGUGAAAAGGAGGAACUGGUAUUUUUGAUCCUCAAUCAGCAGCCAGUCAUCACCCAGGAGGAUAGGCUACGAAUACCUCCACUUACCACUGGCACAUCUGGACAGGAAGGCUUUGUUCUUUUCCCACCGCCUAGCCCAGCAUCUGCUACCUCACAUGAUGCCUCUCCAGUGUCCACAGACCCCAUCUCGAGUGCACUAACUCAGGAACAUCAACAGGCAAAUGGGUAUGUGCCUCCAAGCCAAGACGACAUGACAGGAAUUGAGAAUGCAGGAGAAGCACCAACAGAGGAGGAGACACAGUCUGUUGACUCGGAGGAUAACCUGAUGCAGGGACGGAGGGCCUCUCUCUCUGACCUGACAAGCAUCGAAGACAUUGACAUGCUUUCUGUAAGACAGCUAAAAGAAAUUCUUGCUCGCAACUUUGUCAACUAUAAAGGCUGCUGUGAGAAGUGGGAACUGAUGGAAAGAGUGACUCGCCUUUACAGAGAGAGAGACCUUCAGCAUCUGGUUUCUGACACUGGUGAUCAAAAUGCUUGUUCAGGUAACACUGGGCUUCCUGGUGCUGAAGAGAAUCUCUGCAAAAUCUGCAUGGAUUCACCAAUUGACUGUGUCCUGCUAGAAUGUGGCCAUAUGGUCACUUGUACCAAGUGUGGGAAGCGUAUGAAUGAGUGUCCCAUCUGCCGGCAGUACGUGAUAAGAGCUGUCCAUGUCUUCAAGUCCUGAGUGAAAGCAAGUAAGACCAGUGUUGCCUUAAAGCCUCAUGUGCUGUUAGAGAAAUGGUUAAAAUCUCUACACAUAGUUGAAGGUCCAAGACUAGCGCUCAGACCUCACAGGAAGUCUGAAGUUCGAGAGGUGAGGCAAGAGGAAGCUUGGGAAAUUUUCCAUAUUGAAGCCGUGAUUGGAUGCGUCCUUCCCACCACAUUGUUAUACACCACAGUGCCUGGACUCCUUGGAGCCUAAUAACAGCAUCAGACACAGAAAUAACUAACAGCCUGUGAGAGCAGCUUGAUCAACUGGUGAUGGGGGAUAAACAGUCACUGGCUUCCCAACACAAAGACCAGAUUCUGAGGCUUGUUAUUUCCUCUGCAAAUAAUAAAUGAGGACUGAGAUCUCCACACACAACAGGUUUUUUUUGUUUUGUUUUGCUGCUAUUGAAUGUUCCCGUUCUGCUUCUCUUAUUCACUUGCUCUGUGAAUCACCUCCAGUGAUAUUUUAUUUUCAGGGAACACAAUCUUGGUUGAGCUUGUUCCUUGUUUUGAACAUAUAACUUUAUUUUAAGCUCUAGUUUCUAAUGCUUGCAGGCCAGGCUGAAUGUUGCCCCCCUCUCUGUUACCUUCUUCCUAUUCCAAAUGUGUUUAAUUCUAGCUCAGCGGAAUCGAGAAGUGCCUGCUCUGCUUUAAUGUGGAAAGGUGGCAGGAAAGCUUCAGUGUUUAAGAAAUUAAAUAUUCUGUGUAAGACAGCAAAGAGGCACAACAUCUCACCUGGCUUCUUGCACACCUGAAUCCAGUGUUUUGUCUUGGAUGCAAGUUCCUAUGUUUUGUCCUAUGUUGGUUCCUUUGUAGAAGACCUGAGAGUAGUACCUUGCCUACAUGGUAACUGAACUGAUUCUUAGUUAUCUUAGGCACCAACUUGCCCAGUGUAUGCACUGCCUGAGCACAAGUGGAAAAAAAUCCACCUUCCCCUGGCAUAGGGAUUUUUUUCUAACAUUGUAAUCACAUGAAGCCCUGGACAAUGUAUUUCUGCACAUCUCAUACAGUGUAGAGAUGAAUCUGUCAAAGUGAUGCCGAAAUAAGGAAAGUGUAGGGAGACGUUCUCCCUGCCUUAGGAACGUUCCCCUUACUGCUUUCUUUUAAUUUCUUGUUGUCUGUUGCUUCCAGUUAAAGUGAUUAGCACUGCCUAGCCUCCUUUGCUUUCUCCUUCAUCUCCCUCUUAGCCACAGGAUACCAGUUCACUCUAUUCCACCAUUCUCAAGUGCUGUCAAAUAUAGAGAUGUUUUUUUGAAUGGCACAAGAUAACUUCUCCCUUGGUAAUGGAAGGGCUAUAGCAUCAUUCAAAUAUACUUCUUUGACAAUCCCAAGUUUCUGAAAACAACUGCAGUUUGGAAAGCCCUUGUGAAUCCAUACUGAAUUGCAUUGUGGGUUUCACCCACACUCGCUAUGAAGUUAAAAAAUGGUCUUACAAGGUAUGUCUUGGGAAUAUGCCAUUCAUUACUGGUUGGCAGCAAAAUAGGAGCUUUCAGAAUAAUCCAGUACUAAUGCCUUAAAUAACUUUUCUCCCCAGCAGUUAUGGGCACACUGGUGUCUUAUUCCAAAAGGCCACCUGGGCCAUUUAGGAUUUAACUUUGCUUCAGGAUAUUUAUCUUGCGUGUAGCAGCAGAGUUUAUCAGUGAAGUCUGUCUCAAAUUUUCCUGAAUUGUGAAUGUAAGAACAUCAGUAUUCAGAGAGAGAGAGAGAGUGUGUGCAUGUAUUCAUUCCCAGCCUCUACAACACUCAAGAUAUACUUAAAAGAAGCCUCUAUUGCAGAUCCAUGCAUGUUUGCAAUAACAGCUGGCAAUAUAUGUUAUCAGAUGUCUAACUAUGCAAAUUCAUUUAACACUGCUGUACAUCAGCAGCACUGCCUCCACUCCAGUAAAUGCAUGGAUUUGGAGGGUCUCUUCAGUUUAGAAUAAGGAAAAACUAGUUCUUGGUUAGUAGCUAUACAUACAUACCGUAGUCUAGCUAUAAAGAAAUUUGAGGCUGCAGUUUAUGCAACAUCUAUGUUAGAUGGUGUUUUUGGAUUAUACAGAAACCAGAAUGAUGAAUCAUGUAAAGAAUGGACAGGCUCCUUCCUACCUGAGUGUCUAUGGUGAAUAUGCCAGUUGUAGCUUUACCCUUCUUUCUCUUCCUUGCUGCUACUUCUGGAUAUUCUGCAAUUUCUGACUCAGUGCUCUAGCAGACUACCAGGCACUCCUCUGUUUCCAGCUACUAAAUUGUAUUACAUUAAAGAUGCAUGAUUUUCCUAGCAGUUUUUCAACGUAAACCAUUACUGUCGUCAUUGCCACUGAAGAGGGUUUCUAUGGCAGUUUCCAAAAUGCAUGGACUGUACUUACUGAGAGGCUUGAAAACUUCUGAUCUAGCAAAUGCACUGUGAAAAUAUUAUGUGUAAUCAUGUUUAGCAAUAAGCUCAGGACAGGGGCCUUGGCAAAAGGAAUAUUUCCCCUAUGAAUACAUAUGUUUCAUCUACUCUCUACAAGCCAUUCUAAGGCUACUAUGCCUAUUUUUCUACAACAGAUAAGCCAACUUGCAGAUCAGUGGAAAAAAUGUUAUUAGGAAUGAGGUAAUUGCGUGCAGCUUGCUUUCCUAAUACGUAUACUGAAACUAAUUUCCAUUCUUUCCUCCUUUGCAGAAAUGGAUUAUUUAGUGUGAGGCAGUAUGACAACUCACUUUAAAAUAAAUUCGAACUUAAAAAAAUCCAGAGGAAGCAGAUUCAUAACCCAAAAGAAUAUAUACUGAUCAAAAACUAAUAAAGAUAAAAGUGUAUGAAAAUAUUUAAGUGCUUUAUGUACAAUAUGCACAUUUGUUUAAAAUAUUUUGAAAAUUAAUGUUCUAUUUGAAAUGGUUUCUAUUACAUUUUUCUUUCAUUCAAAAAUUGUGGUGGGUACAAAGGUUAAAUAAAACCUAACUAGUUUUGGUACAGAGUUCUGGUUUAUAAUUUUAUAAUAAAGUUGAAAUUUAAUUU